GAUGGCGGGAUUUGAGAGUGUCAAACAGCGGUUUCCACUACAAAACAUUGCAUGCGUAGUGGACUUAUUCAGAGACCAGUUGGAAAACCCAGAGAGAAUUGACUUGAGUCUACUUUCCAUUAUCUUAGGAGCUAUUGAGAAUUCGCUGACAAUACACCGAUCUGUGACAACGAACCGAGAAAAUGACGCUAAACUGUUGCCGAUUUUCCCCAUAAUUGAAUGGGAGACAAUCGAGUGUUUGUAUACAAAAUUCGUGACAUUGAUUAAGAGCACAGUCGAUUUGUCGCAGUAUCCAUGUGACUUUGCAUCUAGAGAAUUGGUCAAGAAAGUCUCAGAUGUUGUGUGGGGAGGGCUGACACGAGCGUUCUACAAAGAUAAAGCACAUCUGCAGUCAUUGUUUAGUUUUUUGACAGGGAACAAACUAGAUUGUUUUGGUGUUGCGUUUGCGUGUGUAGCUGCAUUCCAAGUACUUGGCUUCAAGGAUGUUGUGCUGGCUCUGUCAGAGGACCACGCUUGGGUCAUGUUUGGUGAAAACCAGCAAUAUUCUGCAGAGGUCACAUGGCAUGGUAAAGGAAAUGAAGACAAGAGAGGUCAACCAAUCUGUGAGGAUGUGUCACAGAAGAAGUGGCUGUACCUAAAUGGCCAUCCUGUGGUGUGCACCCUGGAGAUGGAAGUGGCAGCCAUCGUAAACGCAAUUAACCCCUCCAUCACCACCACCAUAGACAGUGUGGAAAUGGGAUCAUUACAGCAGGAACUUCUUUGGCUGUUGUAUGAUAUGGGACAUUUAGCCAAAUACCCAAUGGCCCUGGGUAACCUUGGCGACUGUGAGGAGAUCUGUGAGACCCCGGGGCGCCCCACUCCCCAGAAACUGUUCAAUGAGGGUGUGCAGUCGGCGGUGCAUUACUAUGACAACCAGCACAUCUACCCCUACACAUUCCUUGGUGGCUAUCUGUACAGGAUGGGCAAGUACAAUGAGGCCUUGGAAGCCUGGGGGAAGGCAUCUGCUGUCAUAAAAAAGUACAAUUACUACAGAGAAGAUGAGGAAAUUUACAAGGAGUUUAUUGAAAUAGCAAACGAAUGGUUACCAAACAUUAUGAAGUCUGUCUCCAACGACAACGCUUCGAGACUACGCCGCUCCACUCUUCUGUUCGACACAGAAUCUUAUGCCAACUUUCUGAGAUUCUAUGACGGUAUAUGCCAGUGGGAGGAAGACAGCCCAACCCCUGUCCUUCACACAGUCUGGGCAAAGCAGUUUGUGUAUUCCCUGGGAAAGUUUGACAGCCGAGUCAGGAAGUGUGUCCGAGUUCACAGGGAGGAGGGUGAGGAUGAGGAAUCUGAAAGUGAGAGUGAGAGCAGUGAGGGGGAACAUGGUGAGGAGUGUGAUGUCAACGGCAACGGGAUUGUCCACGGCAACGGGAUUGUUGUCAAGGAUGUGGUCAAAAAGGUCGUGAAGGAAGAAGUAAAAAAGGAGCACACGAGGGGGAGGAAACCCAAGAGGAAGAGGACAAAGAGUGGGAAACUGGUUGAAAAUGGGGAUGAGAUGGAGGAGCAUGUGAAUGGGUCGGAUAUGGAGGCGAAAAUGAGGCACACAAUUGAGGAGUUGGUCUCCAAGGUGGGUGAUAACGACAGUCAGCGAGAAACUCCGCCCAAUCCUAACAUCGCUGCCCUCGCGCAGGCUUGCAGCGAGUCUAUCUUGAAUCCAGACUAUCUGAUAGCGGGAGGUGAACCCUUUACAAGUACUGGAACUACGAGAUCCACUCCAUCCUCUACAAGUGAGCGAGGAGUGAAUGUUGACGUAAACGAGUUUCUGAGUUCAAAGACCAAUAGCACACCAUUUGUAGGAAUGACAGUAGACUCCAUGCUAAAGGCAGAAAGCCCUGCGGACAUGAUGAUGUUUAGAAAGGCGCCAGACAGCGCGUUAGCGGAGGAUUUGCAGACACCUGAGCCGGAGGGGCUUGAUGCUAAUUCGGAGGUAGACGCCAUAACGUCUAAUAGUGUCAGCACAAAGACUGAAGUUGAGGCGGAGACGUUGAAUGACAGUUUAAGGGUGGUCUUCUCCCCUGACCCAGUAGAUCUCUUGUUGUACAGUCAGAAGAUGGCGGGUCUAAGGAAACUUCUGUCUGCGGGGAAGCUGAACUCGAGUGCAAUAACUCUUCAGUUGACCGCCCAGUCACAGACUGACUUUGGGCGAAACAAGCGUGGCGUUGAGGUGGAACAUUCACACACACGCAAACGUACAAGGAGAGAAGUUUUCUGAGAUUGUUGAAAGUUAAUCUCUGGGCCAUUGUCCUUUGAAGUCCACAAUUCUUACAUGCUUAGUUACUUGGUAUUUGUAGAAAUGUCAUCCUUAGAAAAGUUGUUUGCUUGGGAUAAUGCAACUGACCUAACCAAAUUACCCCUACCAAAUUUGUUUUGAGGUAGAUUAAAAAACAUUUUUGGCGAAGUUCACAAGAAAUACAUUAUUGUGUGAACACUCAUGAUCUGUCUUUUCUGCAACAUGUUCUUUCAUUAUAGAUACAGUACACUCCACGCGUUUUCCCCAAUUUCCCUCCAUACUCCGCGGGUUUCGACCUGGAGGGAGAUUAAGAAAAUCCCGCUAUACGCGGCGUUUGCAUGAUUUUGUACGCGGCGGUUAACGAUCGGCAAAACUGAUAAGCCGACGCGGCGGCCCUCGGCGUUGGCAACGCGGGGGAAACUCCGCGUUUUACGAGAUAACGAUCAAUUUAAUUUUGUUUGACUUCCUGAUUUUCAAAUAAAAUUACAUUUAUUAAAAGUGCAUACAUGUACAUGUAGUAUAAUGUUUCCAAUUAAAAAAAAACAACCAAGAUAGAUCAAUCCCGACGUGGUUGUAGAAGUAGUUGUUGUUGUAUAGAAAACUCGUUGAUUUACGACACACAAAACGUCGUCUUUUAACUAAUACUUACCAAUUAAUAUAAACACAGUUUGCAACAUUGUUUUUAUUUUGAUAAUUUAAUCCAAAGUUUUCAUGUUAGCAGGUGAUUUUCUAUACUGAACAUGUAUACAAAUGACCAAGGACCCUAAAAAUCUCGCAAAUCUGUGUGAAUUGACAGUUUGACGUAAUCAAAGAAAAGCCGCUUCCUGUCUAAAGGCAUAACUUACUCAAGUAAACACGUUCAACGAAUGCAUAAGGAAUGGUUUUAAUUGUCGGAACAUAGUCAAUUCUCUGCUGGCUAAUGCAUUGAAUUUCUCUUUGUUUGUAGGUUAUUCCAUUGAUUGCUAAACGGUGGUAACUAUUGAGUAGAUAAUUGCAUUUAAUAUUCACAGUUGUAUUCUUGUUGCGUCGACAUUCUAAACAAUGUUUACCAGUAAUUAUGGACCAAAUCAGCAGAGUGACAUUCACACAUGUUAAUCCCUUUUGUCAAAACACCGCAGACAGCAGUCUACACAAUAGGUCAGUAGACAAGCUUUGCGUGUUUUCAUAACGUCAAACACUUAAAAUCCAGUUCCGCCCAGAUGUCUUCUGUAAUCAGUUUACAGUACAAUUAGUGUUAAAAUAAUUACUCUACUAAAAUACCGUAUCGAUAAAGAUUCGGCGUGUUCGAUUUGAAAUUAUUUAAGAGGAAAUAUCAACUUAUUCGAGAUAUAAUUUCGUUAAUAAAUACCAAAGAAACUUUUAACCGAAAUCAACAAUGCUCUCUGCGCUACAAAGUUUGUAUAAAAAAAUCAAUACACGCACGCUUUGCAGGAGUAUACGUUGUACCUUGACCUUGUACAUUGCAGCAUAAUUUUCGCGCGCUUUUGUCGGGAAAUAUACAUGAGGACUGUAUAUUGGAAGCAUUUGUAAACGUCGUGUAAACAAUUAAAAAUCGUAGUGUGUUUCGGAUUACUAAUUAUUAUUCUCAUUUGGAAAUUUUACGGAACAUUUAUUCUUGUGUCAUAUGUGUUGAUUUAAAUAUUAAUUUGUCAAAUGUAUUAUAUUAGACUAAUUCAUAUUGUAGACGUACCUGUGAAUUAAAAACAUAUUUUUUAUAUGUAUUAAUUUUCUAUACAAUUAUCUUUUUUAUACAUGUACUACAGUAUUUAAACAAUUUAUUAUAACAUGUUUUUAUUUUUUGGCAUGUCCAGUAGCACACUGCUAACGCGGCGUUGCGCGGCGAUCACUGAUAAGAACGGAAAGUGUCUGCAUUUACCGACUAGCCUAAAGUAAUACACGCCGCGGGAAUUAGCGAACGCGGCGUAACGCCGAGCGUUUUAUCGAGUUUACCUCGCUCUUCCAACGCCGCGUGAACACUCGCUAGCAGAAAAAACCCGCGGAGGGAGCGCGUUUUUUGGGGAAAACGCGUGGAGUGUACUGUAACUGCUCUUCCACCAGCUGUCAUUUACGCUCUGGGAAUUUAUAGUUUGAAGGAAGUCUCUUAUGAACGCAAAUCCAUUUUAUUCGGAUAGUGUCAUUUUCGGAAAAGGUUACCUGUGAUGACACUUUAUGCACAUGCAGUAAGCCCCAAUAUUCCCAGAGCUCAGCUUAAGUAUUUUUCUUUCACAUGUGGGACAAUUCCGUAAUACACAGACUUUUACUGUUAUCACAAUAUAUAUCAAUCAAUAGAUCCACAUGUAAACAAUCUUAAAAAAUUGUUUCACCUACUUUGUUACCCACAUGUCCUGCUAUGGGUUUUGUUAUCCCAUACAAGCCUUUUUAUAAGGAUUUCCCAAUAUAUGUCUUUUAAAAAUGUUGUUACCAUUAAUUAGUAAUGAAAUUGUUGUUAAUGUGUUUAAGUUUGUUUAAACUGUUCUUUUGAAUAAAAAAGCAGUUGAAAACUCCCGUUAUCUUUCAGUUACUGGUAUAUAAUACUUACCUUGUUAAAAGUACUUGUAUUAAAUUUUUAAGAUUUUGUAACAGGAAUAUUUUUCUUGUGGGAAAAGUUCUCUUUUGGGUGAAAUCUUUCCUGUGGGUAAAAUAAGUACAUUGAAACUAUGCCUGCAAUAGUAGAUAAUUUACUAGCUAUCAUUUUGCAUUAUUAUUGACGAAGUUAUUGUUGAUUGAAGUGAAUAUCUUUAUAAGUGAAAUUGAAAGUGAAGUGAAACUUUGUAUGCAAUUGUAGAUAUUUCAUGUUGUCACUUUGCAUUGUUAUUUAGGAUGUUAUUGAUGGAUGUUAUAGUUAAUUGAAUAUCAUCACUUGCUUGAUGUUUGCUGUUCUAGUGAUACAUGCAUGUUAUUUGUAAGUAUUGCCAAGUGAUAUGAAUUUGAAGUAUUUAACACAACAUAAUAUAGGAGGAAAUGUCUCGUUACUAAGUAUAUAUUGAUUGACAAUCAAGGCUUUGAAAAUAACUGGAAUUUAAAAACUGUUCAACAAUACACAAUAAUUCUAUUAUGAUCUGUGCUCUGAGAAAACUGGACUUAAUGCAUGUUCGUAAAGUGUAAUCCCAGAUUAGCCUGUGCUGUCUGCACAGGCUAAUCAAGGUUGACACUUUUUGCUAAGACUGGAUAUUCUUAUAGAAGAAAUUUCCUAUAUACAAAAAAUUCUAUAAAGUAGAAACUGGUGUCUCUGAUAGGCUUGUGCUGACUGCACAGGCUAAUGUGGGUUGAAACUUAAUGCACAUGCAUUAAGCCAUGUUUUACCAGAGUGAGGCUUAUUUUUAGUAUGAAGUAGAAAUAUGUGUAUUUUGUUCAAAACAUGUUUCAUUCAGUGAUUAUAUACAUACAUAUUCCUAUGAGAUUUGAUAUUGCUUUGUAAUUAUAUUCUACAUGGGAAAAGUUGUCUAUAUAGGGAAAUAAAAAAUACAAUAAAAAGGUAAUCUUUCACAUAUUUGUGUCAAUUUGUACUUCAUGCUGUAAGGUAACAUGGUGUUGUUGUAUAAAACAAAGUUGAAAUGUUUUUUUAUAUUGCUUAUGCAUAAAGGGACAUAUCAUUGAAUAUUUCAGUUUCUAUUAUUUCAAAAUAAUAUUUUUAAAUAAGUCUAUAUUAUAUGGUUUUUAACGUAGGUCUCAUUGUAUAAACAAAAUAUUUUGUUUAACAAACAUGCACAGCUUUCUCAAUUGUGUGGACAAUUGAUAACGGCUUUGAGUGUUGUAAAAUUCUCAUUUUUUGGUGAUUUUAAAUCUCACAGACUGUGUCUGUUGAUAAAAUACUUGUUGGGAUAUAUUUCUGUUUUUCAUUAUUUCUUCCAAUUGCCAUUCAUGAUUGCUACAAAAUAAAUAUGUGCAUAGGAAAAGCGAAUAUUUUUUAUUGAAAUAUUGUAGAUAGGCCCCUUUAAGUGUUAACAGUUAUUAUUGCAUGCAUUUUGAAAGUGCUAUUUCUAUGAAAGUGCUAUUGUUUAAUUGGUUGUGGUGUGCAGCAAAUUUUAGUACAAUUUCAUGUAAUUUCAUAUCUAUGACCCACUUCUUGUCAGCAAUUAUGUGUUCUGAUGGAAGUUACAUACUAAAAUUGAACCAUCAUGGACCACACCUGACUAUAGACUUACUUCUAUGUGUACAUGUCCUGAACCAUCAUGGACCACACCUGACUAUAGACUUACUUCUAUGUGUACAUGUCAUGAACCAUCAUGGACCACACCUGACUAUAGACUUACUUCUAUGUGUACAUGUCAACUAUUCAUGUCUCUCUUGAAAUUGCUGUAUGUUAGGAAAAUCAAAGGAUGGGCAUGACACAAUUUAUUUAUUGGAUUUUAAAGCCAAUCAAUGUCACACCUGGCCUUCCUGUAGUAACAACUCAGCUGCAGUCAAUUAUCAUGUAGCACUCCUUUGUAGGCGGAGAUUUUUUAGGCAGUAAAAUGGUUAUAAGCUAAUUGAAAUGCUCAGUUACCUUUUGCUAUGAAAUGUACGCAUGUGUCACUUUGUAUCAAGUAUUCAACCCUUAUGUAGUCCACAGUAUCUCUCUUAAUUUCUUUGUUUUAUUUUUUCGAUAGGACUGGGGCUCGGAAAACAACAGCAAAAUUAUCAAGUAUUUGGUGUGAAAAAAAGCCAUAAUUACUUUAAACCUUAAAUUGGAUUCGUGAAUUCAUGUCAAAGAUAUGUUAACCCUUUACCACUUACAUGUAGAUAUGCACUUUAACGCAUUUGUAGUCCCUCAGAAAGUAACAUUUAAUUAAAUACCUUUCUUACUAAAUUCAAGUUUUAAAGGCUUUAUUUCCAACCUUUAGAUACUGAUGAGCAGCAAACAGCAUGAAACCUGAACAGACUGCAAGUUACUUGCAGGCUGUUCUGGUUUUAUGCUGUUUGCACAUUGCUUUUAGUUUAAUCCUAUUUAUUUUAGCUUGAUCGCAUUGAAAGCCUAAGGCUUAUAUAAAUGCUCUCGAGUCUGUUUCCUGGGCCUAGAACCAGUACUUGGUGUCUUUGAGGGAGAUUUAAAGAACUCUCCCACAGUGGGGAUUGAACCCAUGACCUCCUGGUCGCUAGGCGGACACCAUAUCCAUUACACCACGGCGACCUUGAAACAUAAUUGCUUUUAGGUGUUAAAGACAUUGUGAGCAAAGUCAAUCCAAUGUCAUUAUGUGCAUUAUCUUUUUUUGUCAGGUACCCACAGUCUCACUAGUAUACAUAAUUAUGUUUAAAUUGAUUGAAUGAAUUUAUUUUACCCAAGCUAUGAAAUUUAGACUAGACAUGAUUUUCAUCCAUUUUUUUAACAUAAUUGCUUGAAAAAAUUAUGCUCUGUUAAAUGCUUAGUGUCUUUGUUGUUCUGCUUUUUGUUGUGUUAUGUUGUGUUGUGUUUAUCUCUUGCCUCCUGUUUUGAAUCUCUGAAGUGCAAUUUAUUGGUAAAACAGAGUUUCCAUUUACAGAGCUGUUUGCAGCUGCUGUAUGGUUUUAUCGGAAUGAUAAAGUUUGAGACUAUUUUUGUAGCAUUUUACAACAUAUUUUAGUUUGUUGAUUUUGUACUUCUGUAGGGCACAUGCGUUAUACAAUUGUAAAUAAAAUAAUGUUUUGAGAAACAACAUCUUAGUUUGUUGUAGUUAGUUGAUACUGUUACGUGUUCUUUCAAUUGUUAUUGCUUGUUUAUAUCAUCAUUUGUCAAUUGUACUUUGAUGUGUGAUUCUGAAAAUGUUGUUAAUUUAGAGAUGCCUUUAAUAGUCAGCUUUUGUCUGAAUGGCAUAUUGAUAGUGUUGUGCAUGCAUUAAGACAUACAUUUAGAGUAAACAACAAUUCUUACACCGAGGAUUAUUUCAAUUAAUAACAAUAUAUUGACAGAUUUGGAGAAAAAAAUAUUGUUCUAUAAAUAUUAAUUGUGUUUGACAGUGUAAUUUUUAUGUCCCCCACUAUAGUAGUGGGGGACAUAUUGUUUUUGCCCUGUCUGUUGGUUGGUCUGUUGGUCUGUUGGUUGGUUGGUUGGUUGGUUUGCGCCAACUUUAACAUUUGCAAUAACUUUUGCAAUAUUGAAGAUAGGAACUUGAUAUUUGGCAUGCAUAUGUAUCUCAUAGAGCUGCACAUUUAGAGUGGUGAAAGGUCAAGGUCAUCCUUUAAGGUCAAAGGUCAAAUAUAUGGGUCAAAAUCACUCAUUUAAUGUACACUUUUGCAGUAUUUCAAUAUUCAAGAUAGCAACUUGAUAUUUGGCAUGCAUGUGUAUCUCAUGGAGCUGCACAUUUUGAGUGGUGAAAGGUCAAGGUCAAGGUCAUCCUUCAAGGUCAGAGGUCAAAUAUAUGUGGCCCAAAUCGCUAAUUUUAUGAAUACUUUUGCAAUAUUGAAGAUAGCAACUUGAUAUUUGGCAUGCAUGUGUAUCUCAUGGAGCUGCACAUUUUUAGUGGUGAAAGGUCAAGGUCAAGGUCAUCCUUCAAGGUCAAAUAUAUGGGUCAAAAUUGCUCAUGUAAUGUCACUUCUGCAAUAUUGAAGCUAGCAAUUUUAUAUUUGAAAUGCAUGUGUAUCUAAUGGAGCUGCACAUUUUGAGUGGUGAAGGGUCAAGGUCAAGGUCAUCCUACAAGGUCAAACGUCAUAUAGGGGGACAUUGUGUUUCACAAACACAUCUUGUUAAUUUUGCAGAGGCUAAUCAGGGAGGACACUUUCCCCUUUUAUGGAAUUUUUUGUUUAAAAGUCUCUUCUAACAAAAUGCCAGUGUAGAUGGUAAGUGUUGUCCUUGACUAGCAUGUCCACACUCUUCAGGCGUAUAUUGGACAUAUCUUAAUGCAAAUUCAUUAAGCCCAGUUUUCCAAGAACAAGGCUGAUAUAGAAGCAGUCUACACUCAAUAUUUUGUGUUUCUGUUAUAAGGUGAUCCUUUAAUUGUCAUAUCAGGUAUAUAAGAACCAAUUAAUGUUGAGACCAACUUUAUUGUCUUUCAAUGGAAAUUGGAUAUAUCAACUCCAGGAUUAUUUUUUUAAUGAAUAUCAAAUUUGUCAGAUCAUCCGCCUAUUCAUUAAAGUCUCUUGUUUAGAAAUUAUUGAUUUAAGAAUUGUGUUUGCACAGUUUUUUGCGUACUUGUGAACUCGAACAAUUACAUCUUUGAAAUAUGUCCUAUAUCCAUUCUAAUUUCUGUUCGUGCAUAUGUAUCACAUGGUAAACAUCAAGUCUAGCUGGAUAUUCUUAUCUAUUUUACUCAAUGGGGACUAAAAACUGUUGAUAACUGUUACUGUAUUUUUAUAUAUGUAUUCAUGCAUUUAGAUAAGUGUUUAGUUAAUGUUGGCACUUCAUUUUUCCAUACCACAUUGUAUAUUUUUAAGUGCUCUGGAAGAAUGGGCCUUAAUGCAUGUGGGUCAAGUGUCUGGUAGUCCGCACAGGUUAAUCAGGGACGCAACUUCCACCUUAACCCUUUAAGUGCUGGAACCGAAUUUUGAAGGCCUUUGCAAACAGUUUGGAUCCAGAUGAGACGCCACGUUCUGAACUGUUUGCUAUUCUGAUAGUAUUCUUGGAAAGAAAACGAAGAAAAUGCUAAUUUUAGAAAUUCAGCAGACGACAUUUUAGCAGACAACAAAUUUCCCAGCAUGCAAAGGGUUAACUGGAUUUUGGCUAAGAAGAGUCUUCUUUAUAAACGAAAAAUCCAUGGAAGUGCAAAUUUUCGUCCCUGAUAAGCCUGUGCAGAGUUCGAUGGCUAAUCUGGGAGUACAUAAUGUGCAUGCAUUAAGCCCUGUUUUCUCAGAAUGCUGCUAUUAUUCAUCUUUAAUGGGUCAUCAUUCCAUCUUUUAGUAUCAUUUAAACUUUUCUGUGAUAACAUUUUAGUGUGAAUGUUUUAACUGAUCGUAUUUAUAAAAAAAAAAGAUCACAUUUUAUUGGUAUUGUUUAAGUACUUCUAUUGAUGUACUAUUGUUUCUAAUAAGUAAAGUUUCCAUGACACCCAUUUGUAAGUCAUUGUUAAAUUAGACUUUGGGUUGUCAGUUUUCCAAGUUUACGGUCAGCACUUUGUAUUGCAUGUAUUCUCUCUUUUUUUGGUAUAUAAAAUACACUUUUAUUGCUGCAAUCAGAAAUUAUGUCUAAUGUAGUAUAGUGGAGGUAGCAGUGCCUGUGGUAGUAAGCCAAUUUUUGCUAGUAUUUCAUAAAACACAAAAUAUCUGAUUGUUUUCAAAUACCCAUCUGCUUAAUAGAUCAUUUUUACUUCAACAUGUGUUUAAAAUAUCUUCCAACUACAAACAACUAAUGAAAAAACUGAAAUUAUUCCCAUACAGUUAAUAGCAAUUUUCAUUAAAGGGAAUUAAGUUGUGUUUGCGGGUUACACUAUAGUAACUAAAAAACAGGUAACAUUACACCAUUCAUUUAUUCAACCCAAUAAUUAAAUGCAAUAUGUUUUCAUGUAAAAAAAAAUAAAAAUAAAUAAUUUCUUAUUGUCACAAAUGUUUAUGUUGCUCAUCAAGCAAAUGGGUAUUACUCAUCAGUCAGUCCUUAUUUUUAGCUCUACUGGCCGAAGGCCGGAAGAGCUUAUUUCAUGGUGUGGUUUCCGUCGUCCGUCCGUCCGUGCGUCAGACUUUUUCUUGUUUACGCUAUAAAGUCCACAGUUUUCAUCCGAUUCUUCUCAAACUUGUUCAGUGUCUUUAUAUUAAUGAGGACUCGAACCCUAUGAUGAAAAUGGGUUACAUCAGAGUUAAAAGUCCAGAAUUAUCUCCACUUGAAUUUGACAAAAUUGUGAAAUAAGGCUUGUUUACGCAAUAAAGUCCACAGUUUUCAUCCAAUUAUUUCCCAACUUGCACAGUGUCUUUAUCUGAAUGAUGAGUCAAACCCUAUUGAAAAUGAGCAAUAUCGGACCUAUAAGUCCAGGAUUAUCUCCCCUUGAAUUUGAGAAAAAAAUGAAACUUCAGUUUUUAGCUCACCUGAUUGCUCAGGUGAGCUUUUCUGACGAAUCUUUGUCCGUCGUAUGUCCGUCCGUCUGUAAACAUUUGCUCGUAAACACUCUAGAGGCCACAUUUCUUGUCCCAUCUUCAUGAAACUUGGUCAGAAGCUUUGUCCCAAUGAAAUCUCGGCCGAGUUCGAAACUGGGAUGUGCCGGGUCAAAAACUAGGUCACUAGGUCCAAAAAAAAGAAAAACCUUGUAAACACUGUAGAAGUCACAUUUUAUGCCAAAUCUCCAUGUAACUUUGUCAAAAUGUUUGUCUUAAUAAUAUCUUGGUUGAGUUAAAAAGUGGUUCCGAUCCGUGGAAAAACAUGGACGCCAGUGGGCGGGGCAGUUUUCCUUAUUUGGCUAUAGAGAAACCUUGUUAACACUCUAGAAGUCACAAUUUUUGCCCAAUCAUCAUGAAAGUUGGUCAAAAUAUUGGUUAAAUUGAUGUUUUGGACGAGUUCGAAAAUGGUUGAGAUCGGUGAAAAAACAUGGCCGCCAGUGGGCGGGGCAUUUUUCUCUAUAUGUAUACAUGUAUAGUGGCAGUUUUCCAUAUUUGGCUUUAGAGAAACCUUAUAAACACUCUUGAAAUCACAAUUUUUGCCCAAUCAUCAUGAAAGUUGGUCAAAACAUUGGUUUUAUUGAUAUCUCGGACAAGUUUGAAAAUGGUCGGGAUUGGUGAAAAAACAUGGCCGCCAGUGGGCGGAAAUUUUUCUCUAUAUGUAUAUAGUGAAAACAUGUGAACACAGUAGAAGUCACAUUUUUGGCCCAAUUUUCAUGAAAUUUGCUCAGAACAUUUGUUUCCUUGAUACGAGAGUUGAGUUCAAAAAUGGUUUUGAUCAGUUGAAUAACAUGGCUUCUGGGAGGGGGGCAGUUUUCUCAUUAUGCCCCCCCCCCCCUUUCGAAGAAGAGGGGGUAUAUUGUUUUGCUCAUGUCGGUCCGUCCCUCCACCAGAUGGUUUCCGGAUGAUAACUCAAGAGCGCUUAUGCCAAGGAUCAUGAAACUUCAAAGGUACAUUGAUCAUGACUCGCAGAUGACCCCUAUUGAUUUUCAGGUCACUAGGUCAAAGGUCAAGGUCACGAUGACCCGAAAUAGUAAAAUGGUUUCCGGAUGAUAACUCAAAACGCUUAUGCCUAGGAUCAUGAAACUUUAUAGAUACAUUGAUCAUGACUCGCAGAUGACCCCUAUUGAUUUUCAGGUCACUAGGUCAAAGGUCAAGGUCACGGUGACCCAAAGCAGUAAAAUGGUUUCCGGAUAAUAACUCAAGAACGCUUAGGCCUAGGAUCAUGAAACUUCAUAGGUACAUUGAUCAUGACUGGCAGAUGACCCCUAUUGAUUUUCAGGUCACUAGGUCAAAGGUCAAGGUCACGGUGACCCAAAAUAGUAAAAUGGUUUCCAGAUGAUAACUCAAGAACGCUUAUGCCUAGGAUCAUGAAACUUCAUAGGUACAAUGAUCAUGACUUGCAGAUGACCCCUAUUGAUUUUUGGGUCACUAGGUCAAAGGUCAAGGUCACGGUGACCUUAAAUAUUAAAAUGGUUUCUGGAUGAUAACUCAAGAAGGCUUGUGCCUAGGUUCAUGAAACUUCAUAGGUAUAUUGAUCAUGACUCGCAGAUGACCCCUAUUGAUUAUCAGGUCACUUGGUCAAAGGUCAUGGUCACAGUGCCAAGAGACGUAUUCACACAAUGGCUGUCAAGGUCACGGUGACUCAACUUAGAAAAAUGGUUUCCGGAUGAUAACUCAAGAAUGCUUACGCCUAGGAUCAUGAAAUUUAAUAGGUACAUUUAUCAUGACUUGCAGAUGAAAUAAUGAUGAAACUUGACCAGGAUGUUUGUCUGGACAAUAUCUAGUUCAAGUUUGACAUUUGGUAAAGAUUGAAUGAACCGACUCCUCUCAGGUGAGCGAACUAGGGCCAUCUUGGCCCUCUUGUUUUAUGUGAUAAAGUUGCACAGUGUCUUUGUAUCAAUGAGGACUCAAAUAGCCAGUAGAGCGAUUCAGGCCCUCAUGGGCCUUUUGUUUACUCUUCAGUCUGCUGUUGUUGACAAUAGAUGCACCUGAACUCAGAGUCUCUCCUUAAGACUGACACAGAUGUACAGAACCUCACUGACCCCAUUUAACAAUUACGAGGGAUGUACAUCCUCUCAACGCUGCUUGGAAUCUCUUGUGAUACACACAUCUUCUGUAUCAGUGCUGUUUUUGCUGUCAUCUUAUGAGGCUUCUAUUAGCUGGCCAAUUAUGUGUUUGGUUUGGAUUCCAACAGUGCAUGGUUUGGGUUUAGAUUUUGGUGAUCUGCUGUUCUUUCCUUUUUCUCUAAUUGCUGAUGAUCUUCUUUGAUUUGGUUGAUUUUUCUACAUUUUGGGAUUUUCUUUUUCAUCUUGCUCUCUCACUGUGUUUGCAUUUAAUUCAGAGAGCAAGUUCCCUGUGACUGUUGGCGGAGGAAUAUAUUUUUUUCGAGGUCUCUGUUUCACGGUUGUUAUCAGCCUAGUUUUCAGGUAAUCAAUCUCUUUAUUGACAGUGUUGUUCUUGUUGACAGUUGACUGUUCUAUGGCUAUUGUAAUGCUUGGUUUAUUGUCAUCUUGGUUUGUAGAGUUUCUUCAGUGGACCAAAUACCCAACAUCAAGGGACUGAGUUAGAUGGUUAGUGUGGGGUGGCAAUACAAAUAGAACCACAUUGUGGUCUUUUGCCCAGUCAGCAAGGGUCAAGGACAAGUGGACCUUGUGACCAUCAUAAAGCACUAGAACUGGCUUAUGCGAGGCUCCUUCUAAUCUGGCAUGCUUUGCAAAAUGACACAUGAGAUAGGUCUCAAACAGGCCCCCGUUGGCAAAGCCACUGUCUGACAUCCCUCCAGAUGAACCUGGGAGUGCGUCCUCUAAAAGCUGAUCCACCCACCGCUUCCAUGGGAACACAUACAAUGGGGGAUGUGAUUUCCAAUUUGCAUUUGCUCCACCAACAAUUGUCACAGUCUUGGUCCUUGGAGUUGUGAUGGCCUGUGGCUUGCAGUCACUUCCACAUACAACCAUGUGGGGGUGUUCUCAGAGAAGCCUGUUUCAUCUAUGUUGAAGAUUCUCUCAGGGGCAUUCAAUAGGUCAUUUUGGUGCAGAACAGAAAAGUACUUGACAAUUGUCUGUUCAGGUGAUGAUUUAGCCCUUGAAGUGGUGAGUUUCUGUGGGGUCACAACAUUCAGCUCCUUGUGUCUUUUCAAAAAGGAGUAAAAACAUGGUUUGCUAAGUUAAUCCUUAGCAAUUGUCUUUCUCAGUGGCUGGGCAUAUCCUGCUGAUACACUGAGGACUUUAGAUACUGGGUAUCCAUAACCAUUAUUACCCAUGUGGAUAAAAUGGUCUGCAGUUGCUUUUCUUCUUCAGGGUUGGAAGAGUCUGGCUGGCCCCAUGGUGCAGUCCAGCGCUACAUUCCCCCUGGUCCUAUCCCUCAGUGUUGACUCAGGAACCCCAUACAUACGUGCUGCCCUAUACACUGAGGUCCCAGAUAAGGUUGCAUGGAAAGCCCUCUGUAAAUUAUCCCUGUCAUAGGGCUUCUUUUCUCUUGCAUGUGUUUCUCUCUGAAAAUAAAAAAACAACACAAUUUUGAUGUGGGACAAUAACUUAACAGACAAUAAAAAUACUACAUUCUAACCCAUUUAAAAUUGGACACAGGUUCAGUUGAAUGUAACCAAAUAAUAUUUACUACAUUUUAAUCUCCUGUGAUUAGCAGACAUCUAAAAAACCAAAGUGGUUUAAGAAAGGAAAAUCCUAAUUUUCUUUUAUUUUCUGAUUGAAAACGUGUCAUAUAUAAAUUUCUGACAAAGUCAAAUAAAAACCUUACCAGAAUAUGAUUCAUUAUUCUAAAAUCAGCUUUGACAAUGAGUUGACAGAAACCGGAACCUUGUUGAAGAGGUAAACAAAGUAGGUGGAGCUGUUUAUCAAAUACCGCGAUAAUUGCUUAACCAAGAGCACUGCUUACCGGAGUAUACUUUAUAAAAUUUACAUUUAAAGAUUUCUGAGCAAAAUUCGUUUUAAUUAUAUUCUUGUUUUUUAGUUUUUAGUCUUGGAUUGUUAAGUAUGGGUCAAGAAGUGUCUUUUAAGUGUCAACUUGACUGUUUAGUCCAGAGUUGCAGACAUUUUAGCAUUGUUCUGGGAAAACUGGUCUUAAUGCAUGUGUGUAAAAUGUCGUGCCAGAUUAGCCUUGUAGUCCACACAGGCUUAUCAGGGACACGACUUUCCACAUCCUCUGGAUUUUUCGUUUAGAAAAUACCUCUUUUAAACAAAAAUUCCAAAAAAGGAAUGUGAUGUCUCGAUUAGCCUGUGCAGACUGCACAGUCUCAUCUGGGACAACAUUUUACGCACAUGCAUUAAGCCCAAUCUUCCUUGAGAGCAACUCAUUUUUUACCAGAUUCACCUUUAACUAAGGACAUAUGGAAAAUUCAUAGAAAAUAAAUCUUAUGAUAUUGGUUUAUUCAUAUUAUUUAUAUGCUUUUGUUUUUUAAACCACUUGUGGUUUUUUUUGGUUCCAAAUUGUUUUCAAAAUCAACACACACAGUUAAACAUUUUUGUAAAAAAAUCCAAUUAAUUAUUUAUUGACAUGGUUUACAUUCUAGUAAAUGAUUGUUUACUUUGAUUUUAGCAAAUAAAUAAUUUGUGUAUGAUUUCUAUGAAUGAUAAAAUGUGCCUGUUCUGAUUAUUUUAUUAUUGUAUUGUUUUUGGCAUAUAUCUAAUGUUUGAUUAUGUUUCUAUCUAUUCCGUUUAGUUGUAAUUAGCUGUAGAAAUUAUUUGUACAUCCCAUCAGAAAAUAUAUAAUGGUGAAAUAAAUUUAUACAUCUUCACUUUUUCAGUAUGUUGAUAUAAUUGCAAUAAACAGUGCUUUGUUUUAUAGGGGGAAAUAAGGGGUUUGUUAACAAUUGGUUCAAUACUUUGUAUUGUUCACAUUCUGUUUCAUAUGAAGGGAUACUUGGGCUAUUUUGUUAGUUUUGUUAAAUUAAUUGUUUUAAAUAAAAAGUGGGAAAACUGACCUAUAUGGUUGUUCAGCAGUGUUUAUUUCAUGAUUGUGGGUGUUUUAGUAAGGGCUGAAUAUAUGUUUUUGUUCUCCUUUGCUCUGAAAGUUAUCGCCAUUCAUAGAACUGGAAUUCAGACAUAUUAUAUGUUUGUUUGGAAAUCUCUCUGGAUUAAUUUAUUGAAAUAUUAUUAUUUUUUCAAUAGAAUUAAAUUCAUUUAUGCUUUAAAACAUUUGCUUCAAGAUGAAUUGUUUGUUUCGACAAUCUUAAUAUUGGACACUGAUUUACAUGAGAAUUACCAUAUAGUCCUGUCAUUGUGGUUUAAUUAAUAAUUAAUUCGAAUUUGAUAGUAAAUAAAGAUAGUCAGUAAAGAAUAACAUUUAUAGUUGUAAAAAUUGUGUAGAUUUAUUUAGCUUAUUUAUUUUCUAAGUGCAUGGUUCUAUUUUCAAAUAAAUCAACACAAAACAAUGUUAUUAAUUUUCCUUUAAAUCUGUAUUAUUUAAAACCGUCUGCUAAGGCCAAUAUUCCUUAGUUUAAUGAUUUAAAAACACUUUAAAGACAGUUCUCCUUUGUGUGGCACAGUAUAGCGUUGUCUCUUAGUUUUGACAUGAUAUUGUACAUAAUCUUUUGGAAAAUAGGCAGCUCAUUUGUUGGAGUUUAUUGUCACUACAUCAGUGUAAAUAAAAGCAUAAUAAAA